CCCAUCCACAAACGGAGCUCGCUUCGUCGUCUCUUCAUAGCUGCCCUUUCACUUCACCCUACUUACCUUUGAGCUCGCGUGCGUCCUCUCUAGGUUCUUCUUUGCUACCGUGCCCCCCCUCCCCUCCUUUCAACUUUACUGCCCUGCCCAGACCGGAUCUUCCACGCUGUUACCUUAUACUCCCUCACCUCCACACCCCUACAAAUAACACUCCCCACCGCACCUCUUCUACUCGGCCUCUCAUUCUUGUGCAGUCUCUCUCCACUUCCGGCUCCGUCAUCGCAGACAUGAACCAAUCCGUUAUCCGAUUGACUAGGGAGCUCAACGAGAUCAGAAAAUCCAACGAUCUAUCCAUUGCCGUGGCUUGUAGGGAGUCUGAUGUUCGCAAUGUCAAGGCUACUAUAUUAGGACCCCCCGAUACUCCUUAUGAAUUUGGUUUUUUUGAGUUUGCAUUGAAAUUCGGCAGAGACUACCCCACCAAGGCCCCGACUGUCACUGCACUCACCACCAACUCCGGAAGGUGCCGGUUUAAUCCAAAUAUAUAUGCCGUUGGCAAAGUUUGUCUAUCGAUUCUUGGUACUUGGAGGGGUGACCGUGGCGAAGAAUGGUCUUCUGCCCAGGGGUUGGAAUCAAUUUUGAUUUCGAUCCAGAGCCUCAUGUCUUCUAAUCCGUACGAAAACGAACCCGGAUUUGAGAACGCAAACCAGCCACACGAUAAGGAUAAUCAGAAAGCUUAUGUUCUCAAGAUCCGUCAUGAAACCCUCCGUGUUUCUAUUAUAUCUAGACUGGAAGACUAUUUGGGCAUCAACCCUGACGGAACCGUCCAACCACCACCAAUCAUUCCAGAGCAGGAUAUCUAUGAUGAUGACUCGAGCAUGAUGGAUUCGGAGGCCUCUGCGGUUUUUGAGCCUUUCAAAGAUCUUUGUAAACGCCGGUUCCUUUGGUAUUAUGAUACCUACCUCGCCUCCAUCAAGGUUGAGAGUGAAAAGGUCACCGAUGGUGCGCAAUUUACUAAGAUGCCAUUCGAGCAUGCUGGAAAUGCUAUGGAGGGAAAGUUUUUGUAUUCAGAGCUAGAAAGACGUCUUAAAUUCGUAAAGGAGAGAUUGGACCAUGAAACCGCUAGCUGGGCAGCCGAAGGCUUGAUACUGCAAGACAAAGAGAGCGGGGUUGCGGCCAACUUGCAACGUCAAUUCGAGCAGACUGUGGAGCACUAUAAGAAGCAAGAUUCCGUGACCAUAGACAUAGAGCUGGUGGAUGACAAUCCGUUUCUCUGGCGUGUGACUUACUUUGGAAGACCGAUGACCAACCUCGACGGAGGACUUUUUAACAUACACCUCGCUUUUAGUCCUCGCUUUCCGGAUGAGCAACCGAGGGCCAAAUUUGUGACUCCUCUGUACCACCACCAAAUAACUACUGAUGGUAUUCCAUGUUAUAUCCCCCAAAGAUAUGAUGAGGGUCGUCAUCACAUCGACGCCAUUAUCCAGCUCAUGGAGGAUGAGAGCCCCCCUUAUGAUCCCCGCACUCAGGUGAACCAGGAAGCGUCCAAGCUUUACUGGGGAUCUAAGGAGGACAAGAGGGAGUAUAACAAGAAGUUAAGAAGGUAUGUUUCAUCCGUCCAGAGAUCGAUGGAAGGCUAA